GCUAUUGUUUCAGGUCUCCAACCUGGGCUGGGCUUUGUUUCAUUGCGGUCUUCGCUCAGGAGAUGGGACGGGGCACGCCGACAGACUACAACUCCCAACAUGCACGGCUCACCGGAAAUGACAGAGGCUCAGCGUUGACCCGGCCGUUUCCAACCGUUUCCACAGUUCGAGCUGGUCUGUUGGAGCUGGAACCGCGGCCCGAGGGCGACUCAGGGCAGAUUUGAAUCAUGUUCAUGCUUUGGUUGAUAUUUGAAAUAAUGCUCGUCGUGAAUGGUCUACAAGGUGAUGAUGAAUGGAUUGAUCCAACAGAUAUGCUGAAUUAUGAUGCUGCAACAGGUACAAUGAGAAGGCCACAACAGGCCGGAACUGAGGAAGAUGAUAUUGAAACACAGACUACCGGGGAUUAUCCAGAAGUUAAUCAGGGAAAAGAUUUAUGUCAAGAUUGUUCUGGUUGUGAGAGACAACUUGAUAGUGUACAAGAAAGGUUAGAAGAAUGUAGAAAGAAAACAUCUGCUGAAUCAACAGAAAUUAGUUGCAAUCCAGUUUUUAAGAGAUAUCUGAAUAAGCUGCUUUUGGAGACUGGAAAAUUAGGUUUGCCUGGUGAUAAUCAUGAAGUUCAUUAUGAUGCAGAGAUUUUAAUUACAAAACAGGAUGUGACUGAGAUUAAGAAGUUUCUCAGUGAUAAGGCGUGGAAGGCCGGUGCUUUGGAUGAUGCACUUAGUAAAAUUCUAAUUAAUUUUAAGUUUCAUGAUCAUGAAAGAUGGAAAUGGAGAUUUGAGGACACAUUUCAUGUGGAUCCCUUCACAGCAAUUAUGUUGUUGGCCAUGCUAAUGUUUGUUGUUAUAAUAUUUCACAUCAUAUGGAUUGUUGCCCCACCGUUUACACGACCUUAUCGCUUCUUCUUAUUGUGCUUUCUAAUUAGUUUUGUUUGGAACUGGGUGUUUUUAUACAAGACAGCUUUUGCGAAGCGACAGGCUAGCUUUGCCAAGUUACAAGUUGAUAAACCCAUGUGUACAGGGGUACAGAACAUGGAUUGGAAAGGUAGCCUACUUGUGUGGUUCAGGCAAACUUGGACAUUGCAGAAUGACCCUUGUGAAAUGUACUAUGAGGCUCUGUUAGUGGAUCCAAUUUUGGAAGUUCCUCCAACCAAGGCUUUCAUGCUUACUGUAACAACACUGAUUACUGAACCACUGAAACAUAUUGGGGAGCCUAUCAGUCACUUUUUCCGUGAUCUCCUUAAAGACCUUCCAUGGAUCUGGCAGUUUCCUGUGACCCUGACGGUUAUAUUAGCUGUUGUUGCAUUCUGCUAUUCCUGUGGCAAUGCAGUUGUUCGAUAUAGUUUAUAUAGAUCACUUCCAAAUGUCGGUCCUCAAGCUCCAAUUGCACAUCACAAUGUGCCAUAUAGUGUACAAGGCUCAGUUGAUAAUACCUUACACCAAAGAGGAGGAUAUGUGGAUUACCAAGCUGGAGGAGAUGCUAACUAUUUUCCUCACAUCAGAAGAGACCCCAAUCAUGAUGCAGUAAUUGGAGGCCCCUUUCGGCGAAGAGGUCUAAAUGACCAGGGUGUAGAAGAUAUAAAGAAUUGGGAAAGAGCUGAGAUGGUAGAUAAUGGGCAGGGUGACAACCAUCUUCGCAGAAGGAGAGUACCAUACCAGAAAGAUUAUCAUUGUGCUAGAUAUUCUUCUGACCACCUGGUAUCAAAUAACGAGGUAAUUACAAAUAGUGUACCGCAACCAUCAGAGGAAAAUCCUGACAUAGAAGAUGUUGAUAUUCACCAAGCUCAAGAGAUUGUUGAACAAUGCGAAACAAAUAAUUUCCAAAAUAAGAAGGCAACUGAGUUACCUCUUAGUAAAUUUGAUAAUCAGUUACACAAAGUGAGACGAGCAGCUGAGGAGGAUAUGCAGAGUAAUGUUCUUGAAGAAUUUAGCACUAAAGACAGGCCACUUGAUGCAGUUUCACAGCUUCCAUCAGGAAUGAAUGUCACGGAGAUGAAUGUUACUGAGAAACGGCAAAUAGAGGAAAAGAAACUUGAAAAUGAGUUACCCGUCAUAGAAAAUGUGGGAGUGCAAAAGUCGGUGCACACCCAUGCGAAGAGGGCCGAGACCAGUAUGGGUCUUGCCAAAUAAGAAAUCUUCACCUGCUUAAAAGGAAAGACCCAUCAAGCUGACCAGGGAUGGCUGGGACAGUUCCUGUGAAUAACAGGGAAAUGUAAAUAGACCAAUAGCCCAGAAGGCAACAUUGUACUGUGCCAUCCUCUGAUGAGCACAAAAACAAACACGUUGACCUGCAUUAGCUAUUCUGCAUCUUCAACAACUAACUCUUUCCAUCUGCAGGCACUACCAACCCCAGCACAGGAGACUGCAACCUGAGUUCUCAAGAAGGCAGGAUGGUGACAGCAGGCACUCCCAGGAAGGCGAACUGGCAGACAGGAGCCUUAGCAUCUUCUUCUAAAGGACUGUCCUGCUCUCUCUAACUCUCCACUGCCAGAGACUGUGAACUGCUAGACCCAGAGGAUACUUGCCACUGUUUUCAGAAUGUGCCAGUCAGCAAGCUUCUUUCACCCCAGUUGCUGAAGUCAGGCCUGCGCCUGGAUUGCAGUUAAGAUUCUGGAAGUAAAUGCUGGGGACACUGACGGUAACCUUAAGGUCUAUAGGAGGAACCAGGACCUGGAAUGUCCAGUUGUCUGCAUAUGUAGCUUAUUGAAAGGAUAGUGGAAAUUUUCAUGCAUCCACUACAGAUACCAGGAGGGAAAGAUCUGUCCCAUAUCGGAGGUUCUCAAAAGCAUGCUCCAUGUUCAACACUGAGAUAGGUAAAGGCCAAAUCAUACUUCAACAUAAAGGAAGUCCAGAGCUCAAUGAAGGCACAGUUCUUUACUUUAUAAACCAUAAUACUAGUAGUAGGAAUUGCAAGAGUACAAUGAACACUCAUAUUGCAUUCAACAGCACCAAAAGGAUUAUGAGGACAUAAAGCACAUAAGGAGUACACUUAGGAUGUGGAACAAAUCAGUACUAUUCAGCAGGGAAUGGACUCCCUGAUGGGAUUCAUGUGUCUGGCAUGAUCAUUUUUGUGCAAACAUUCAGGAGUGUGAGCCAGUGAAACUAACUGCUUCCUGUAUGACAGCUGUUUUAACAUUAGUAUUGGUCUUUGGUAAGAUUUGUGCGUACAUUUUAGUUUUCAGACGUGAGAACAUCAGAACCGUAUUUGACAGGAAAAGUCAAUGUUUAAUUGCAUAGAUUAAUAAGGGCUGGGUAAUUUUAUUCAUUUAAAGAAUGUGGCAAGCAGAGGAGUGAUGGCCAUCUACACUAAUUAAAUAUUAACGAGCGUAAUUCUAAACAAUACUCAUGCAUCUUAAAAGCAGGCAACCAAUAGAUUGUCUAAAGCUCAAUUGACCAUCUUCCAAUCUUAAAUAAUCAUCCAGGUCUGUCUUUGUAUUCUUGCCCUCAUCCUUUUCCUCCGUGGUUUCCUCUUGGUCCCGAAUCUCCUCAGCAAGUACAUCCCUAAUUUGCAAAAUUGAGAUUGCACUAAAUCUAGCACAUCACUAUGCUGCAGGAACCUUGUUUCAGUUAUGCUGUAUAGCACCAUCCAGGCAUCAGAGCCCCAUCUCUUCAAGGCCGGUCAGUGGUAUGUUCUACAAUGAUUCAGACUCACGUGUGCAGCAUUGUAUCUCUCAUUAGCAUUUUAUAAACACGGGAUGAGGGGGGUGUUUGUUGUCACCCAAGAACCAUCCUUAUGUGGGCUGAGAGUUUUUGAAAAAGUGGUCCAGGAUGUAAAUCUUGUGCAGUUCCUUAGACAUUUGGUGCAGAUCUGCACCACAAAUGAUUCAAAUGUUGUGGAGUGAAAUCCUUUAUUGAAAAAGGUUGCUGGUUCAUGGUGGGGUCCUCAGAGCUGUUUGAGUGCAUUUCAAUUGCACUGUAAACCUAAGCAAUACCACCAAGAUCAGAUUCCUCCUGUCUGACUGUCUCCAUUAAAAGGGGAAAAGAAAGACCUGAAUUGGUGGGCUUUCAGAAAGAAAGCAGGAUAUUCCAGAACGAUGUACUGGUGUAGAAACUAAGGGCAGCUGCAGUCUGUAGAGCUAUCAGGUUGGGAUUACCACCAGUCCUUGUACAAAGUUUAAGGUAUGGAGGUAUUAAAGUAUAAGGCUUAGGAUAACCUGAGUUUUAGUCUAUGCUGUUUCUCACUCGUUUGCAGAUACCUAGACCUGGGCCUUAUUUUGAGAGAGAGCCAUACUUGGACUUUUGUCUGGCUUUUCAGGUGUUAGGAGACUAUGCAGCUAUCUUGGUCUUCUUGGGGGUUCCUGUCCUGUACUGUGAUCAAAGGAAGAAUUGUUGGAUUGACCCCUGCCAUGCUUCAUUCACUCAUUGUCAUAGAUCGGUGAAAGCACACACAGCCUUAGUAAAGAGAUUUUAGCUCUGGUAUCCUUCCCCAUGAAGUUUCCAGGUUAUAGGUGAUUUUCUUCUGCUCUUCAUAGUUCCUCUGUGCUGCAGUGUGUGGUGGCUCGUUGGAAUAAUGUUCUAAUGCAGCUUCGUUUGUGGGUGUUGGGAUGGUUGCUCCUGUAGUUCAGUAUUUGGUCCGUAUGUGUUGUUUUCCUGUAGACACUGGUUUGAAGUUCCCCAUUGACUGUUCGCUCUACUGUGACAUCUAGGAAUGGCAGUUUGUUGUUGUUUUCCUCCUCUUUUGUGAAUGUUAUGCCAGUAAAGGGUAUUAUUGAUGGUCUUGAAGGUUUCCUCUAAUUUGUUUUGUUCGUCACCUAUACAGCAUAGUCAAAAAGAACGGGUACCCAAUGAACACAGUCCACUGAUUUCUCAGCAACAAACCCAAACAAACAGACAAAACGGGCUCAGAAACCAUAACCACUCUCCCCUACAUCAAAGACAUUUCCGAAAUGACUGCCAGACUACUCGGACCCCUUGGCAUCAGGGUAGCCCACAAACCCACCAACACACUAAAACAGCAGCUAAUGAACUUACAAGACCCUAUACAGACAACAAGCAAAACGCAUGUCAUCUACAAAAUACCUUGCAAGAACUGUGACAAACACUACAUUGGACAAACUGGCAGAAAGCUAGCCACCAGGAUACACGAACAUCAACUAGCCACAAAACGACAUGACCCACUAUCACUCGUAUCCUUACAUACAGAUGAGGAAGGACACCACUUUGAUUGGGACAACACAUCCAUCCUAGGACAAGCCAAACAGAGACAUGCACGAGAAUUCCUAGAAGCAUGGCAUUCCAACCGGAACUCCAUCAACACACACACUGAUUUGGAGCCAAUCUACCAUCCCCUGAGAAAAAGAACAGGAAAUGACAUCACCAACGCAAGCAAACCUAAACUGAUAAAUAGAAAGCGGGACAUAACACCAGCGCUUUGUCGGAGGCUCACUGAUGUUACCUAGAAUGGUGACAAAACAUCUGAAAACUAACCUUCCAGCUCAGCGAGCAAACUCACAUCCAGAAUGAGUUGUGUUUUAUAGAAGCAGCAAUUAAUUUCUCAGAAAUGCUAGGAAAGCAGUCUAUAGGGAAGACUACAGACUGAAUUGAAGGUACUGACAAAAUUAAUGGGACUGAAAGCUGAUAGAUAAAUCUCCAGUACCUAGUAAUUUGCAUUCGAGUAUUUAGGGAGGUACCUAUUUCAUUGGCUGUCAUUUUCAAAAAUUGUGUAGAUUUCUAGAGCAGUACUAAUUAGAUUGGAAGUUGACAGAUUAAACCCCACUAUUCAAAACAAGGGUGGGAAUAGAAGCUUAGAAUUACAGAAUCGAUAACAUCAUCAAUAGUACAGAAAAUUCAGCAGUCUGUCUUGUAAAAGGGACAUGGCACAAAACCAAUUUGGAUUUAUGGAGGAGAAACUGGAGAUUUGAGGAUGUAAAUUUUAAAGUAGACAAGGUAUGGUGUAUUUGGAUUUUUAGUAUGCAAAAUCAAACUAUAUCAAAGUGAUAAAUAUGCUGUUGUGGAUUGAGAAUUGUUUAGGAGGUUUGAACAAGAAAUGAGUCAUUUUCAGAGUGACGGUGGUUACUGCAACGAUUAGUGUUUGGGCCCGGUUUAAAAAAUAUGUAUCAGCAAUUUGGAUGAGAAAAAUGUAAUUUCAUUUAAAUAUAACAAAAAAAUAGGUGGAAUUCUAUGGUGAGGAGGAUGUUAGAAGGUUAGAUAUAAUUUAAUCCUUUUAAUGGAAAUAAAAGUAGCACUAAAAGAAUA